AUGAAAGCUACAAGCAAACUUCUGUUGGUUGGGAUUGCCUUGACCUUGGGAUCGUUGAUCGUUUUCCAACAGCAGAGGCGCAAGAGGCCAGCGGUUCCUCUUCCUCCUGGGCCUCGCCCACUACCUCUGCUUGGGAACAUCUAUGAUCUGCCGACUGAGGAAAUCCCAGAAUAUAAGCAUUGGUCGAAGCACCAAGAGAAGUAUGGUCCGGUCACUUCUGUGACUGUCUUGGGGCAAUCUAUUGUCACCCUCAAUGACAAACAGGUUGCUGUCGACAUAUUGGAUAAGAAGUCUCUCAAAACGUCUUCCAGACCCUGGCUUGAGUUCGGAUUCGGAUUAUGCGGUUUCGAAAAUUACACAGCUGCACUCGCAUACAAUGAAACCUUUCGACUUCAUCGAAAGCUUAUGCACCAACAUAUGGGCACAAAGACCAUAGUUGAGGGAUUCCAAGAGGCCCAACAAUUUGAAGUCCUACGAAUGCUUCGGCUUAUAUUGGAUGAACCCAGCAAGUUACUUAAUCACCUCGAGCUUGCAACUGGCUCAUCGAUCAUUAAGGUGACGUACGGAUAUUCUAUCGACACGACUCGUCGUGACCCGAUUCUGGACCUUGUUACUCGCAUGAUGGCCAUCUUCAAUAAGGCAGCAUCGCCUGGGACCUGGCUAGUUGAUGUCGUGCCUGCUCUGAAAUACCUGCCUGGCUGGUUUCCCGGGACAGGGUUUAAGCAAGCAGCUCGCGAUUGGAAAGCGGAGGUUCUAGCAGCAGCGGAGAAGCCGUUCCAGUUCGUACAACGGCAGAUGAAAGGAAACCGGCACAGGAAAUCGUACGUUUCAAGCGCAUUAGAACACGCCAAAGACCUGGAUGAUUCUGCGUAUCAAUCUGCACUCAAGUUCUCGGCUGCGGCACUAUAUGGAGGUGGUUCAGAUACCACAGUCUCGACUCUGAGCUUCUUUUACCUUGCUAUGAUCCUCUAUCCGGAGGUACUGCGAAAGGCGCAUGAAGAGAUUGAAAAAGUUGUCGGCUCCGACAGGCUUCCGAACUUUGAUGACCGCCCCAAUUUGCCUUACGUGGAGGGUAUCGUCAAAGAGAUGUACCGGUGGCAGCCAGUCGUUCCGUUAAGCCUGCCGCACCGAAGCGAUGAAGAUUUGGUAUAUAUGGGAUACCUGAUCCCAAGAGGAGCUAUUAUACAGACUAACCUUCAUUUGUUUGCCCAGGAUUCGACUGUUUAUCACGGCCCUAAAGACUUCAAGCCGGAGAGGUAUGACGCCCCGUACAACGAGCCUGACCCAAAAAAUUUCGUUUUUGGUUUUGGGCGCAGGAUUUGCCCUGGUAGGAACUUUGCCGAUUCUUUUCUUUACCUUGUCAUUGUACAGAGCCUAGCUGCGUUCCAGAUUAGCAAGCAAGUCGAUUCAGAAGGGCAUGAGGUUGAACCGUCGCUCAACAUUCUCCCAGGCGUCAUCUCCCGCCCGGCUGAGUUUCCAUUUCGCAUCAGCCCGAGGACUGAGAAGUGCAGGGAGCUAAUCAUGGCUGGUGCAAGGGCGGAGGCUCUUGAUGGGAGCGACGCUGAGCUUUUCGAACACUAUGGGUUGGUUUCCGAGGGCUCUGUGGGGAAAUAG